AUGUCUCUAUCCUCCAAAUUAUCAGAUGUCCUACCACGAAACUCGCAUUUCAAAUAUGCCUACGUCCAAUCGAGACCCGUUUAUGUCAAGUCGCCGAUAAAUUUGAAAAGCAACGCCAGCAACAGGCCCGAGACGGUCAAAAUCCGCCAUUUCUUCAACUUGAUCCAGGCUGACAUGGUGAUCUUGUUGGGGGUGGAAGUGUAUACCUAUUUGCAAAUCUACCACAGCCACGUCGAUCAAUUCAUCUUUGUUGCCAAGUGCGAUACUACGGGAUUGGCCAAGUUGCCAUUCAAAGUGGCACGCGUGGCCGAGGUGUUCUUGCGGUAUGUGAUGGACUUCGAUAUCAGCAAGUAUGAGAUCCGCGAGAGGAAACAGCAACCGAACCAGGAAAGUUGCGAGACAAACGGCACGAUAGCUUUGAUCCACAAGCUUCAAGCUAAGCUCAAACGUGAUCCCUCGCAUUUCUACAGACUACCCCACUAUAGCCUCAUUAACCCACAACUCAAAACCCAAAAGCGGAACCAACGCAAAUUACCAAGCAGGCUCAAUCUACGCCUAUGUCUAUUCACCAAAACAGCACCGCAGUAUUUAUACCCCAAUUCAUCGCGGAACAAACUCAAACAUCUAAUCACGGGACAAGCUCUAUUGCAAUGGUGGGUUAAGAUAGUAGAUAAACUAACUCAAACGUGGCCGCGUCGAAAAUUGAUCAUUCCGGGUUCAGACGAGCUAGCGACGCGGAAAUUCUUACGCCAAGGAUGGACUCAGGGCUGGAUAUUUGAGCUGCUCCUGGACUUGGAGCUGGAGCUGGAUUCGGCUGUUGCCGUGUUUAAUGUGCCCGUGUUCCCUGAUGAUCCAAAAGGCCGGUUCUUGGAACAUUUGAUCGUGGAGCAUCGAUGGCAGAGGGUGAGUACGCAAGAGUUUUACGGGGAGUUGGGGUAUAGGCUGGAGUUCCGACGUGGUGACUGUGUGGGAUUGAUUGGGUGUGCCGUUGAUGGAAUUGAACAGGCAGUGCCGCUGCUGCUGGCGGCGGCGGCGGCGGCAGCAGUGGUGAGUUUGAGACAGUACAAGAUGUUUCUCGACUUGAUCAAACUGGUUAAUUUCGACGUUGUUGUCGAUGUGCGGCAUCUUGUCGGUGUUGCUAUUGCCGAGCUCUUUAAGCGUUGUGGUGUUGAUUUCGAGUAUGCUGAGGUUAUUGGAAGGUGCGACAUGGACAAUCUGGAGAAAAGAGGAGGCAACGAUUCUGGUGGUGAAAGGAAGCGGGUUGCGCCUGUUGCGAAUGACUUGACGGGCUUGAUCAAGAGACGGAAGAAAAAAUGA